GGCUAAUGCUCCGGGCCACUCAAUCGAUAAAGUCGACAACGAAGGGCGGAGAGAGCGAAGGGACACAAUGGCUCACCGGGGAAGGGGAAUCGACGACGACGAUGACGAGGAAGAAGACGACUUCGUCUACCGCUACCCGACCCCUUCCUCCUCGUCCUCCGCCGCCGCGUCGUCGAGAUCGAAGGGGGGAUCGGGGGGGCUCGCCCCGUCGAAGUCGACGGUGUACGUGUCGAACCUCGACUACAGUCUCACCAACUCCGACCUCCACACCAUCUUCUCCACCUUCGGCAAGGUCGCCCGCGUCACCGUCCUCAAGGACCGCGCCUCGCGCCGCAGCCGCGGGGUCGCCUUCGUCCUCUUCGUCUCCCGCCGCGACGCCGCCGCAGCCGCCGCCGCCAUGCACGGCAAGGUCCUCAACGGCCGCACCCUCUCCGCCUCCAUCGCCUCCGACAACGGCCGCGCCGCCGAGUUCAUCCGCCGCCGCGUCUACCGCGACAAGUCCCGCUGCUACGAGUGCGGCGAGGGGGGCCACCUCUCCUACGAGUGCCCCCGCAACCAGCUCGGCGCCAGGGAGCGCCCCGCGCCCAAGCGGGGGCGGAGGGGGUCUCACGGGCGCGGCGGCGGCGGCGGCGGCGAAGGCGAAGGAGGAGAGGAUGGGGCGUCGUCGGAGGGCGGGGAGGGGGAGGAGGGCUUCGAGGACGACAAUUGGGCGUCGGUGGUGGACACGAGGGGAGCGGAUGAGAGGGCGAGGGGGAGGGAGGAGUUUGGGGAUGAUCAGGGGUUGGGGAAGAAGACGAAGAAGGAGAAGCGAGUUAGCUACUUCAGCGACGAAAGCGGCGAGGACGAUUAGAGGAUUAAGGUAAAUUUGUGCUCCUCCCUUGAUGUGAUUUUUGCUGCACGCUGAGGAUUGACUUGGAUAGUAAUAUUUGCUUUCGUUUGGCUGGAAUGAUUUAUAGUUUAGCAUUUAAUUGGAUUGUUUUUCUUUAAUUUUGCAUGAUCUGGAGUGAAACAAACUGUGAAUGAGGUUUGCGGGGCUUUUAUGAGAUUGGUACUCGCUUCGAUGAGGCCUGGUUGCCUCACUUUGUAGCUUUGUUCAUCUUCCAGAUGAAUGAAGCGGUAGCAAGCUAUCCAUUUCUCAAAAAAAAAAAAAGGAACUAUAGCUAUCCAUUACUGGAAUAGGUGCUUCAUGUACACUUCCUGGUCUUGAUUCUUUCAUGCUACCUUCAAUUUCCUUCUCAAAUUUAUGGUUCAA